GCCAUGGCAUCAGAGCCCAGCGCCCAGUCCAGGGUGAUGUUCCAGGCAAAGGACAAAACAGAGGAGCCGGCUCACCGCAAGCUGGGCAAGCUGACGGUCAAGUACAACCGCAAGGACCUGCAGAGGCGGCUGGAUAUCGAGGAGUGGAUCGACGGACAGCUGCACCUGCUGUUUGACUGCGAGGAGGAGGAGAUCCCGGAGUUAGAGAUCGACAUAGAUGAGCUCCUGGAGCUGACAGAUGAAGGCCAGAGAGCCCGGCUGCAGGAGCUGUUGCAGGAAUGCGGGAAGCCAAAAGAGGAAUUUAUCAACGGCCUGCUCUACAGGAUAAAGGGCCUACGUAAAAUGUCAGGUCCCUUGAAGAAAUAAUUUUAGGUCAAAUAAAUUAUUGGGACAGUGCGGAGCUUCUUUAUCUUCCCAUCAUCCGAGGAGGUUUACUGUUGGGACGCCAGUACGUGGGGUUUACGUUGUGGGAUCUCUUCCAGGGUCAGUAUCAGUCUGACACCAGAGCAGUUGGGUUUUGAAUAGAUUUUCUUUAUUAUUAUUAUUAUUUCACCUUCAUGUAUGGACUGCUAAAACAUUUUGUUUCCCAUUAACCAAUAAAGCACAUGAGAUAAAAAGCUGUUAUGCCUAUUACUCAGACAGACUGGGUUUUUUUUGUGUAAGACUGUACAUUUUCAUUUGCCUAUUUAUGUACAUAAAUAUUUUUG